CAGACCGGGGAGAGGAAUAAAUGAAUCAGUAGGGGUACUGGGGGGGUGCAUGCGUGCUGCAAGUGCUUUGGAGACGAAUAGCACUGAAUUGAUCAGUUGCUCAUUAUAUAGCUUAGCUUGUCAGCUGAUCGGAGCGGGUUGUGUUUCACAAACCGAUAUCCUGAGAGCCCCCACCCCACAUUCGUCCUCAACUGCCUCCUCCCCCUCUUUUUUUUCUCAGGGGCGCUUGACGGAGAGUAACGAGGCUAACAGACAGCUCAACACUGGAAGAAAUAAGGAAAAGAGGGAUCCGAGUGUUCUCAUGAACGGAUUGCCCUCACUCGUGGAAGAUGAGCAGAUCCUGCACGGCCCGGAGCCCGAUGAAUAAGAGCGGCUAUGGGAACGCGGAGAUGUCGCCGUUGUCCUCUCACGAUUGAUGGUUUUACUUUAUGUGUGUCCCUUCAUUGGAUUUUAUGACGGUUGGAUUGGUAUUCUCGCACUGAAAUGCUAGUAAUGGCUCUGGCGGAAAAGAUGACACCUUACCAGUGAGCUCAAAACCAAUCGAUCAUUGUGAUCUGUUUCUUUGCAUCCGACUAGAAACAUAUGUCGUUCAAAAGAAAUAUGAAUUAACAUAGGACAUCUCGCAUCUGUCUGUAGUGGAGAUCGCAAAUGCAUGCGAGUAAACGUGAUCGAGGGGUGACCGAAGGCAGAUUAUAGCUAUACCGUGCCAAAUAUUGCGGAUGUUACUAAAUAAAUAAAUAAUUCGAUUUUUAUCCUAUUUUUUCCUAUAACAAGAUUUUGAUAUUGCAAAAAUGGCAAUGUAUCGUUGAAAAGUCAACUCAAAUGAUUGCUCAACAUUUUUGCAUUUUUCUUCACUUAAGGUUAUUACACCUAGAUCGUAUAACUGAUAGUGGCUAUGAUAAUUACAACCUGAAUUUCCAAGGAAAAGCAAGCGAAGCAAGAGAGGGACAGUUCUGGAAAUAUGAGAAUGGAGCAACGGAAAAAGAGAGAUUUACCCAAUAAUUACAUUGCCUUGGAAGUAUACAGUGCAUGAUUUUGGACAUGAAAUGAGAUGAUGAUGGACCAUUUUGUAAAUUGAAAGGUGCAACGAACCUGUGAACUACAGAACAUAGCCUAAGGCACGCUUGUUUUAUUCGAUUUUUGCUUGUUUUUUGUUCGUUUGUUUUGUAAUAAUUUUCUCUGCCAGAAUAUACAAGCAUCAGCUCCUGGAUCCUAAACGUCACGUAAAAGCCAGGAAGACAAAUGUACACUCCAGUUAUACACGUAUUAAGUUUUGAAGCAGAUGGGAUGUAAUGUGGUGUGGUCGCGUUGAAUAUUCACCCUCUUUUCUCCUGCUUCGUGAAGACUGGCAUUUGGUGUCUAUAGAAUGGCUAGGUUCGGAGAUGAGGUGCCGUCCAGGUAUGGCGGAGGUCCGGGACACGCUCAAGGGGGACCCGGCCGCGGCGGCAGCAGGCAGGGCGGCCCGCCGGGUCCUCAUCAGAGAAUGUACAAGCAGUCGAUGGCCCAGCGAGCCAGAACUAUGGCCCUGUACAACCCAAUACCAGUGCGGCAAAACUGCUUCACUGUCAACCGAUCUCUGUUCAUCUUCAGCGAGGACAACUUUGUGAGAAAAUACGCCAAAAAGAUCACCGAAUGGCCUCCAUUUGAGUACAUGAUCCUGGCUACCAUCAUCGCCAACUGCAUUGUCCUGGCCCUGGAACAGCACCUUCCAGAUGGUGACAAGACCCCUAUGUCAGAGCGCUUGGAGGACACAGAACCCUAUUUCAUCGGCAUUUUCUGUUUUGAGUCGGGCAUUAAGAUCUUGGCUCUGGGCUUUGCCUUCCACAAGGGCUCCUACCUACGAAACGGCUGGAAUGUUAUGGACUUUGUAGUGGUGCUUACUGGAAUCCUGUCCACAGUGGGGUCGGACUUUGACCUGAGGACCCUGCGUGCUGUUCGAGUGUUGAGACCUCUUAAACUGGUGUCUGGGAUUCCCAGCCUGCAGGUGGUGCUCAAAUCCAUCAUGAAGGCCAUGAUCCCGCUGCUGCAGAUUGGUCUGCUGCUUUUCUUUGCCAUCCUUAUGUUCGCAAUCAUUGGUCUGGAGUUCUACAUGGGCAAAUUCCAUACCACUUGCUUUGACAUCAACACCGGUGAAAUCCGUGAGGAGUUUCCAUGUGGGGAUGAUCCUCCCUCUCGACUCUGUCCUAAUGGAACAGUGUGUAGACUGUACUGGCUAGGACCUAACUAUGGUAUUACCCAGUUUGACAACAUCCUUUUUGCUGUCCUCACAGUCUUCCAAUGCAUUACCAUGGAGGGCUGGACCGACCUGCUGUACUAUAGCAAUGAUGCUUCGGGGAGUGCAUGGAACUGGAUGUACUUCAUCCCUCUCAUCAUCAUCGGCUCUUUCUUCAUGCUUAAUCUUGUUCUGGGUGUGCUGUCAGGAGAGUUUGCCAAAGAGAGGGAGCGGGUGGAGAACAGGAGCGAGUUUCUGAAGCUCAGGCGUCAGCAGCAGAUAGAGAGAGAGCUAAACGGAUAUCUGGAGUGGAUCUGCAAAGCAGAAGAAGUGAUUCUGGCUGAUGAGGAUGACACAGAUGACCGGAUGCCCUUUGAUGGCUCAAGACGGAGGCCCACCAUCAAGAAGAGUAAAGCAGACAUGCUUGACGCUGAGGAUGGAGAUGGUGACAUAGGUUCUCCGUUUGCACGGGGCAGUCUGAAGAGCUCCAGGCUGGAGGGCUCCUCCUUCCAUAAAAAGGAGCGCCGACUGAGAUUCUUCAUAAGGCGCAUAGUUAAAUCGCAGGCGUUCUAUUGGAUCGUGCUGUGUCUGGUGGGACUCAACACAUUGUGCGUAGCUGCCGUGCAUUACGACCAGCCCGACCUGCUCUCAGAUUUCCUCUACUUUGCUGAAUUAAUCUUUCUGGGGAUCUUUAUGUCAGAGAUGUGUAUUAAGAUGUAUGGGCUGGGAACCAGGCCUUAUUUUCACUCCUCCUUCAACUGUUUUGACUGCAUUGUCAUUUGUGGGAGCAUUUUCGAGGUGCUCUGGGCUAUGAUCCAGCCAGGAACCUCGUUUGGGAUCAGUGUGUUGCGAGCUCUCAGGUUACUGAGGAUCUUCAAAGUGACCAAGUAUUGGGCGUCUCUGAGGAACCUGGUGGUGUCUUUGUUGAACUCCAUGAAGUCCAUCAUCAGUUUACUCUUCCUCCUCUUUCUCUUCAUCGUGGUCUUUGCUCUGUUGGGCAUGCAGCUGUUUGGAGGACAGUUUAAUUUUGAAUCCGGCACACCACCAACAAACUUCGACACGUUUCCUGCAGCAAUAAUGACAGUGUUUCAGAUCCUGACAGGUGAAGACUGGAACAUGGUGAUGUAUGAUGGGAUUGAGUCUCAGGGCGGAGUCAGAAAGGGCAUGGUGUUCUCGGUCUUCUUCAUUGUUCUGACGCUCUUUGGCAACUACACUCUUCUCAAUGUAUUCUUGGCCAUCGCUGUGGACAAUCUGGCCAAUGCGCAAGAGCUGACUAAGGAUGAACAGGAGGAAGAGCAGGCAGCCAAUCAGAAGAUGGCUCUUCAGAAGGCAAAGGAAGUUGCUGAGGUCAGCCCACUGUCUGCAGCCAACCUCUCCAUCGCAGCCGUGACAGUAAACUCUGAGCGUCUCGACGCAACAGAACACUUUCUGGACUGUAAAGAGCAACAGAAGAACCAUAAAGGUUGUAAGUCAGUAUGGGAGCAGCGCACCAUUGAGUUGAGAAGGCAGACCCUGAUGAACAGCAGAGAGGCUCUUUACAAUGAGUUGGAGCCUGAAGAGCGCUGGAAGGUCUCGUACUCCCGUCACAUCCGUCCUGACAUGAAGACCCACCUGGAUCGGCCGCUGGUCGUGGACCCUCAGGAGAACCGCAACAACAACACCAACAAAACCCGGCCGGGCGAAGGCCAGCCGCAGCGCUCUCAUCAGCUCCUUCACAAACAGCCCAAUUUCAACGAUGGAGAGAACGAAGGUGGAGGAUCUGGGCCCUGGUUGGAAAGGGGAGAUUCCACAGGAUCACGUAGGAGUCUAUUGGGCUGUGAGAACCAGCAGCCGGGGGCUGAAGUUAGAGGUUCCCACCGCAAACAUCAGCACGGAGAGCGUUGCAGCCAAUCCCGACAACAUCGCAAAGCCCCAGAAGAGGAGGGAGAGGGUGGAGGAAGGAGACACAGGAAGGGCAGGGAAAGAGGACCCGAGUGCGAGCAUGCUGAUGGUGGAGAUUGUAAACACAGACGCCAUCGGCAUGAGGGCGACGGACGGAAAGAGAGAGGCGAGAGGGUGCGACACCGUGCCAGGAAGGAUGGUUACAGCGGCGGUCCCACCCUAUCCACGACCCGCCCCAUUCAGAAGACUCUGUCUAGGCAGGACAGUCAAUACAGUGAAGAUCUGGACAAUGCCAUGAACAACAACAAACUUGCCACCCAACCGCCCAGUAACUCCACCCCGCAUAACAGUCUGCUCAAUCUUGCCAACAGUGCCCACACGGCUGGCCUGGCACAUACCGGCACUGAGAGCAGCCUCCUCCUUACCAACCCUUCCUCUACCAUUGCUAAUACUGCCAGCACUGGUAACCUGGGCAUGACACCCGAGUAUACUGCUGUGGACAUGGCACCCAUGUUUCCCUCUCGUAACGCCAUCCUGCAAGUCAAUAGAAAUGCCAACACGGAGCCUCUGCCCAAAAAGGAAGAUACCAAGGAUGAUGAUGAUGACGACAAAGAUGAUGGUGGGCCUAAACCCAUGCCCCCCUACACCUCGAUGUUCAUCUUAACUACCACCAACCCGUUUCGGAGGAUGUGUCACUAUAUCGUCACUCUCAGAUAUUUUGAGAUGUGUAUCCUGUUGGUCAUCGCGAUGAGCAGUAUUGCCCUGGCUGCUGAGGAUCCCGUCUGGCCCGAAUCCCCUCGAAACAAUGUCCUGCGUUACUUUGACUAUGUCUUCACUGGUGUGUUCACCUUUGAGAUGCUUAUUAAGAUGGUGGAUUUAGGUCUGGUCAUGCACCCAGGCUCAUACUUUCGUGACCUGUGGAACAUCCUGGACUUUAUAGUGGUUAGUGGUGCCCUGGUGGCGUUUGCCUUCACCGGAGGCAGCGGAGGAAGCAGCAAGGGAAAAGAUAUCAGUACCAUCAAGUCUCUGCGUGUGCUCAGAGUGUUGAGGCCUCUGAAAACCAUCAAGCGUCUGCCCAAGCUGAAGGCUGUUUUUGAUUGUGUGGUGAACUCUCUAAAGAACGUACUGAACAUCCUCAUUGUCUACAUGCUGUUCAUGUUCAUCUUCGCUGUUGUGGCGGUACAACUUUUUAAAGGCCGAUUCUUCUACUGUACAGAUGAAUCUAAAGAGUUUGAGCGUGACUGCAGGGGCGAGUAUCUGGUCUAUGAAAGAGAUAAUGAAGUGAGGGCGCAGAAGCGGGAAUGGAAGAAAUACGAUUUCCACUACGACAAUGUGCUUUGGGCCCUUCUUACCCUCUUCACCGUAUCUACGGGAGAGGGGUGGCCGCAAGUCCUGAAACAUUCAGUGGAUGCGACCUACGAGAAUCAGGGCCCUAGCCCAGGUUACCGGAUGGAAAUGUCCAUCUUUUACGUGGUGUACUUCGUGGUCUUCCCCUUCUUCUUCGUCAACAUCUUCGUGGCUCUCAUCAUCAUAACAUUCCAGGAGCAAGGAGACAAGAUGAUGGAGGACUAUAGUCUGGAAAAGAAUGAGAGAGCCUGCAUAGACUUUGCCAUCAACGCCAGGCCGCUGACACGCCAUAUGCCACAGAACAAGCAAACCUUCCAGUAUCGCAUGUGGGAGUUUGUGGUGUCUCCUCCAUUUGAAUACACCAUCAUGGCCUUGAUUGCCCUCAACACCAUUGUCCUUAUGAUGAAGUAUUAUGGAGCAUCACCUGCCUACGAAGCUGUGUUAGCCAUACUGAACAUAGUGUUCACCUCGCUUUUCUCCAUGGAGUGCAUAUUAAAGAUCAUUGCUUUUGGAGUGCUGAAUUACUUCAAAGACGCUUGGAACAUCUUCGACUGUGUGACUGUACUUGGCAGCGUCACUGAUAUUUUAGUGACAGAACUCGGGAACAACUUUAUAAACCUGAGUUUUCUGAGGCUCUUCAGAGCAGCUCGUCUCAUCAAACUUCUCAGGCAGGGUGAGACCAUACGCAUCCUGCUCUGGACCUUCGUCCAGUCUUUCAAGGCUCUGCCGUAUGUGUGCCUACUCAUCGCCAUGCUGUUCUUCAUCUAUGCCAUCAUCGGCAUGCAGCUGUUUGGGAACAUUGCGAUUGAAGAGGAUGGCGAGAGUGCCAUUAACCCGCACAACAACUUCAGGACGUUUUUCCAGGCUCUGAUGCUGCUCUUCAGGAGUGCUACGGGUGAGGCGUGGCAUGAUAUCAUGCUGUCGUGUCUGGGAAAGAAAAAGUGUGAUCAGCUGUCUGGUAACGAUAAGUCUGAAUGUGGGAGUGAGUUCGCCUACCUCUACUUCGUCUCCUUCAUCUUCCUCUGUUCCUUUCUGAUGCUGAAUCUGUUCGUGGCUGUGAUCAUGGACAAUUUUGAGUAUCUUACACGCGACUCCUCCAUCCUGGGUCCUCAUCACCUGGACGAGUAUGUGAGGAUAUGGGCGGAGUAUGAUCCUGCUGCUUGCGGGCGCAUUCAUUAUAAGGAUAUGUACAGUUUAUUGCGAGUUAUCGACCCCCCUCUGGGCUUAGGCAAGAAAUGUCCUCAUAGGGUGGCCUGCAAGAGACUGUUGCGGAUGGAUCUGCCGGUUGCCGAUGACAACACAGUGCACUUUAAUUCCACCCUUAUGGCCUUAAUCCGAACCGCUCUGGACAUCAAGAUCGCCAAGGGAGGUAUAGAUAAACACCAGAUGGACGCUGAACUAAGGAAGGAGAUGAUGGCGAUAUGGCCCAAUCUUUCUCAGAAGACUUUGGACUUACUGGUGACGCCCCACAAGUCAGCGACAGAUUUGACAGUAGGAAAAAUCUAUGCUGCCAUGAUGAUCAUGGAGUAUUACAGACAAAGUAAAGCCAAACGGACGCAGGCCCUGCACGAUGAGCAGAAUCGAACGCCAUUAAUGUUUCAGCGUCUGGAGCCGCCAUCUCCGAGCCAGGACGUUGGACUCACUGGACUUCCCGACCCACAGAAGCACGCCACUAAUCAUCUGGGUGUUGAUGAAGGGAUCCCCGCGAGCCAGUCAUGGGUGACGGCGCGAGCUCAGGAGAUGUCACAGAAAGCAGGAAGCUGGAGUCCUGAAGGCCAGCACCUCGAUGACACAGCAGAUAACGGCAGACAAUCUCAGACAGUAGAGAUGAGAGAGAUGGGCCGGGACGAGUUCUCGGACACUGAGCACUUUCUGCCGAUGGAAGGCCAUGGCAGGGCUGCUUCCAUGCCUCGACUCCCAGCAGACAACCAACAGCCACGGAGGAAAGGAAGGCACAGGGGAAAUAAUCUCACUACCAUCACCGAUAACAGUCCUAUGAAACGCUCCGUUUCAUCUCUGGGACACGGUCGCCAGGGCCGGUCAGUGAGGGGUGAGGACUACGCCAUGGAUAGGGUCAUCCCAGAGGAGGGACACAGACAUGGGCAUCGACACAGAGAUCGCAGCCAUCGCGCAUCUGAGCGCUCUCUCAGCCGUUAUACUGAUGCCGACACAGGUCUUGGAACAGACCUCAGCACCACCACACAGUCAGGUGACUUGUCCUCAAAAGAGAGGGACCGGGGCCGGGCCAAAGACCGCAAGCACCAUCACCACCACCAUCAUCACCACGGUUCUGUAGAUAAGGAGCGAUACGGACAUGAGUAUGGCCACAGACAGUCAAGAGAGAGAGACCGCCGCUGGUCUCGCUCGCCCAGUGAGGGCAGAGAAUGCCUGACUCACAGACAGGGCAGUAGUUCAGUAAGCGGGAGUCCAGUCCCCUCAACCUCCGGGACCAGCACACCCCGCCGCGGCCGGCGUCAGCUGCCCCAAACCCCAGCUACGCCCCGGCCCCAUGUCACCUAUUCUCCCGUGGUCCGUAAACCCAUCAGCACCCCCCCUCCAGGCCAGCAGAACCGACUCCCAACCCCCACAUCACGUCGGUUUUCUCCACCUGGCCCUGAGCCCCCAGUACCCGCCCACCGCCACCCUUCCCCUCCCCACCACGGUUCCGCCCGGCAUGCGCACUGGGGCCCCGGCCCUUCAGAGAACGUGGAUGGGGACGGUUUCUAUGACGACCAAGACUACGAGUUCAAUCACGAGCCUCCGUCCUACGAGCAAAGCCCGGUUCAGGGCAACCCUCAUCCCCAUUCCCCCAGGACUUCCCGUCAUACCGCCCCACCUCAGGGUCAGCCACACCCCCGACGCAUGCCGAACGGCUACCGUUCCUCCUCGCCCUCUGCACACCCCCACACCCCCGCCCACCCGGGACCUCAUAAGCCUCCCCAUCCCAGAGGGCCCAGGAAGGGCCUUCAUGAACCCUACAGUGAGACUGAUGAGGAUGAUUGGUGCUAGCCUCUGGGAAGAGGGGAGCGAGGGAGGGGGGCCAGGACGGGAUCAAAUGGGUCCUCACGCAGUCACCGGAAUGGACUGCCGAAGUACAGAUAGCCGAUCUGGAGGCAGGCUCAAAGCAAACAGGAAAAAGUAUUCUGAGCUGUCCAGGGAAACACUAGGCAGUAUUUUGAAUGUUCAUGGGGAAAUCAAGGCAUGAUUUUGUUUCUUGUUUCUUUACAAUUUCUCCACUGCCGAGUGUUUCCCUGUAAUGAGAUGGACUGCUUACAGUCGAUACAAAGACUGGGGAGGUGAAAAUGAAAUCCUUUUCUCAGCCUUUUUCUGAAGAAAAGAAAAUUGAUAAGGAGGUGGAACGUCUGAACUUUUGGGACGUUUCAUGCAGUCCCUUCUUAAGGCCAUAAUGUUGAUGGCUAAAAUGAAAAUAUGAGCUCAUGAAAAAGAAGGAUCACCUUUUUAUUUUGCAGAACUUGACUGGAGGUUCAUUUAAUGCAAAAAUGCUGGGAAAUAUCGAUGAGUUUUAUCAUCUGUGUUUACUGUUAUUAAUUCUAUCCCAGUGAGGCGUUCGCCCGUGUGGGCAAGUUGUGGGUGGGUUGGGAAUGGGCAGCCUGGACAAGUAAGAAAGCCCACCCUGCAGUUCAGACCCCAAACUCAGAAAGCAGAAUCACAAACGAAAAAAAUUGGAGAGAGAAAAAAUUACAAGCUCUUCACUCUUUCUUCUUCUGCGGCUUUGUCUUCUGCUUCUCAUUGGAAACAUUGGAGUUUGAAUCUUCUGUUGCACUGCCCAGCUUUGUUUGAACUCCUAGAAAAUAAAUCCCUUGGAAAUCCUGCAUGAUUGAAAAAAAAUCAACUGAGAAAAAAUGUAAACAAAGAAACUUUGGAUAAAAGGGGGAAAAGGGGGGAUAAAUUCCUUGGCUCUUUUGUCAUGUCUUUAAAGUUCUCUCUCUCUCCUUUCAAUACCCUCACUCCCUCUCUCUAAGAUCUCUCUGUCUUGUAGGUGUGAGAGGUGAUCUUUAAUGGUUUUAUAACAGAUCUGGUGCCAAAUGACACAUAGAAUAAUGAAAAAAAUGAAUCAAUAGCACAAUUAUUUUUAAGCUCGAAACGUUUUGUAACCGUUUUAUUUACAUUCCUCUGUCGACGUAAAGGUGAUUUGUUCACUUGCACAAAAACAGAUAUAGUAGCACACACAUACAUUAUAAUACACAAAGACCUACAAACACAUAUAACAGACAUCUCUGAGUACUAUUCCGAGUGUGAUUCCUUCCGUCUCUUACACUGUCAGUGUGAUCUUCCAGUCUUCCAGGGUAAUAAUGAAGUGAGAGAGAGGGUUGGGUGGGCUACGAGAGGGAGAGAGAGAGAACCUUUUCAUCUUUAGAUUUUUUUAUAAUGACAUUGUGUAUGUAUACAGAAAUCACAUAAAUGAUGAUAAUUGAUGAUGGCGAUGAUGAAGAUGAUAUUGACGAUGAUGUUUUUCAUUUGAUUUUGUACCUGUUUUUGUAUCAGCUGCUCUCUGCAUCGCCAUACAUGUUGUCACGUGAGUUUCGUGUAGAUGGUGUGUGGAGCUCUGUGAUCGUAAUCUGUCGUGGGUCUUGACAGAAACGCAUCUGACCUUCAACUCAGUGGCUCCGUGACACGAGCUGUUUCCAUGGAAACACGUUCUCAAGCACAUCACGCGCAGUAAUGACAGUUUGAAGCAUGCUCCGUCUGAUCUCAAGUCUCUGUAACUGUGAACGCUUCUUAUUAAGAGGAGAAAAUAAAUUGUAAUGGGUAUGGGUAUGGAUCUGGGUGAAUGAGAGGAGAGAAUUGAUUAGUUAUUGAAUAUAUUGAUAUACAUGUAACAUUGGAUUCUUUAUAGAGGUUUAGAUAGUUUCUAAGUUGGCUAAGGUUAUAAUUUGAGUUUUAGAUCACCUCUCUUGCCUCAUAUUUAUAAUUUAUAGAAAAGAAAGGCACAGUGUUUGUCAUAUUUAAAAAAUUGACUCUAAAAGUCACUAGACAUUGAUAAAUAGUGAGAAGGUAACUGAGCUCCACUACCUCUACUCGGUCAGCAGAUGGCGCUGCGAUCCACAUUGUUAAGCAGCCAGUGGUCUUGUUUCUGACCGUCGGUCUCGCCUCUUUCUGUUUCAUGUUUAUGUCAAUGACCUGUACACUGAGAGUAGUACUAUGUGUCUGUCACAAAUGGUGCACCGUUCUGUUUUCAGGAAAUGUAACACAGCCAAUCGAAAUGCACAGGAACAUGUAACACAGCCAAUCAAAUUGCAUGGGUGAAACAACGACCGGGCCUUUUCUGCCAAAACUUG